AUGGCCGACUUGCUGGAACUAUUAGCUCCAUAUCUACAUCCAAACAUAUCCAACGACCCAACUGUUGACAAAUAUCUUGACCGCUUGUCAACCUUGUCCCUCGACGCUCUUCAGAAUACAGAACCUCCGUCUCUUGCCCAAUCCUCACACUCGACCCUCCUUUCCCUUCAGGCUUUAUCGAACCGUUCACACCGCGCAUUUGUCACGUCGUCUGACAACCUUUCCAUACUAUGCACGUCUGCCCCUCAGCUGACCCGGGAGGCACACCAAUUGCGCGAGGCCAUCCCUAAACUUGACGAGGAAGCAGUCAGCUUCUCCACCAAAUAUAGUAAGAUCACCGACAAUGCUGCACUGGAACGACGGAAAAAGGCAAUGCAACUGUCCCGCAAUGUUGACCGACUGUCUGAUAUCCUGGAACUACCAACCUUGCUGUCUACGGCCGUAUCUGCCGCAUCUGUGAACUCCGGCACCGGAGCUUCCUCUACUACCUACUCCUCCGCCCUCGAUCUGCAUGCACAUAUCAAGCGACUACAAACACUAUACCCCGAGUCGCCACUGAUUCACGAUGUGGCUUCCCAGGCAGAAAAUGCCAUGAAGGACAUGACAAGUAACUUGAUCACGGGGCUUCGCGCACAGAACCUUCGACUAGCAGCUGGCAUGCGAACUGUGGGUUGGCUGCGACGAGUAGCCCCGGACCUUGAAGCAUCUGCUGGGUCAAAUGAGGGCAUCCUUGGGGCUAUUUUCUUAGUCUGCAGACUUGCGCAUCUAGUAUCGACGCUGGAAGCCCUGGAUCCCCUCCGCGAGCUCGCAGACCAAGAAACCCAACGAAGACUCGAAAGGGACAAAUCAGACACGAACACGUGGUCAGGUGGUCAGCAGACCGACCGCUACUUGAAAAGAUACAUUGAAAUUUUCCGCGAGCAGAGCUUUGCGAUUGUCUCUCUAUAUAAGAACAUCUUCGGUUCCGAACAGACCGAAUCCGAACUUGCCAUAUCAGGAUUACGAGGCCCAGAUUCCAAGGCCAAGCCAAAGAUAACCCCGUCAGAUGAUCCUCUGCAACGCGUUCCCCCGGCUUUGGCGACCUUCCCAAUGUACCUCGUGCAAUUGCUCACAGAUACAAUGCGUGCCUAUCUGCCCAACGUCCGAGAUCGGAGCUCGAAGGAAAGUCUUCUCACUCAGCUUUUGUACUGUGCCGCAAGUCUAGGCCGACUUGGUGGUGAUUUCGGCAUGAUUUUGACCGAACUGAGCGAAGAAGACGACGAGGAUAUGGCCCAGGAAUGGGAAGAGGUUAUGCGCAAACAUCGCGCCUUGGCAGGUCGUCUAGAGCAAUUGACCAGCCGUGUACCCGUACAUUAA